AUGACAACAUUAACAAUUACCACGUCCACAACACCGUCAACAACUACCAAAUCCACAACAACAUCAACAACCACUAGGACUACAACACAAACAAGUACCACGUCUGCAACACCGUCAACAACUACCAAAUCCACAACAACAUCAACAACUACCAGGACUACAACACAAACAAGUACCACGUCUACAACACCGUCAACAACUACCAAAUCCACAACAACAUCAACAACUACCAGGACUACAACACAAACAAGUACCACGUCUGCAACACCGUCAACAACUACCAAAUCCACAACAACAUCAACAACUACCAGGACUACAACACAAACAACUACCACGUCUACAACACCGUCAACAACUACCAAAUCCACAACAACAUCAACAACCACUAGGACUACAACACAAACAACUACCACGUCUACAAUACCGUCAACAACUACCAAAUCCACAGCAACAACAACAACGAGCGUUCCUCCAUGCAACUUUGAGUUUAAUAUUGCCUUAGUACCUAGACUUCGCAAUGCUACAACUACAACAAGCAAUGUAACUGAUUUUCCCUUGUGGAAUCCAUAUGGAGUAACAGUUGCCGGUGGCAAUGGAGCGGGAUCAGCUGCCAAUCAAUUAAAUUUUCCACGUAGCGUUGCAGUGACUUCAUCAGGUGAUGUCUAUAUUGCAGAUACUUCAAACAAUCGAAUUCAGCUAUGGAAAUUGGGUGCAACACAGGGUGAGUAA